GCACGCUGCUGACGACAAGACAUGGCCAGUCUCGUCGAGUUCAAGCCGCAUAGACGCGAUUAUGAUGCGGUGUCGGAUGCGGGAUCUGAUAAGGACCCCGCCGACGUCACCACCGCCCUCAUCGGCCCGGGAUCGGCUCUCGGCCAACCGGAAGUUCGGCGCCGCUUCUGGUGGUCUCGGGCGAUUGUACCAGAUCUGGACGCAAUUGCUACGCAGCCUAGUGUAUACGAUGACAGAGAACUGGCAGAGGAGUACGAGCCAAACUCGGACUGGGAGAACUCGCACCGCUUUGACCCAAACGCAAGGUGGACAUGGCGUGAAGAGCAUAAGCUCGUUCGCAAGAUCGAUAUCAGAAUCAUGGUAUGGACAUGCAUCAUGUUCUGCGCCCUGGAGAUGGACCGAGCAAACAUCCGACAGGCGGUGACAGACAACCUGUUAGAAGAGCUCAGCAUGACGACCAACGACUACAACCUCGGAAACUCAAUCUUCUCCCUGUCCUUCCUGUGCGCCGAGGUGCCUUCCCAGCUGGUCAGCAAGUGGGUCGGGCCGGACCGGUGGAUACCGACCCAGAUGGUCUUGUGGUCGAUUAUCGCGUCGAGCCAGGUCUGGCUUGGGGGCCGGACGUCGUUUCUCGCGUUCCGGGCGGUCUUGGGCCUCUUGCAGGGGGGGUUCAUCCCGGAUGUCGUCCUCUACCUCUCGUACUUUUACAAGCAUCACGAGCUCUCCAUCAGGCUCGGUUUCUUCUGGACGGCUAUGGUUUUCGCUGACAUCAUUGCGGCAUUCUCGGCUUAUGGGCUGAUGCAUAUGAGAGGCGUGUUGGAUCUGUCGGGCUGGCGGUGGUUGUUUCUUGUCGAGGGUUUGGUAACUUUAUGCAUCGGCCUUGUUUCGUUUGGACUCAUGCCUGCUGGCCCAACCCAAACUGCAAAUUGGUUCAGGGGCAAGAAGGGCUGGUUCACACCAAGGGAAGAGAUCAUCAUGGUCAACAGGGUGAUCCGAGAUGACCCCUCCAAAGGAACCAUGCACAAUCGUGAGCCCAUAACGCUCAAGCUUCUCUGGCGGAGCUUGCUGGAUUAUGACCUGUGGCCGUUAUAUAUCCUGGGCUUGACUAACCACAUCCCCUUUGCGACUCCGAACAUCUACCUCACCCUUUCGCUCAAGGACCUCGGAUUUUCCAUCUUCCAGACAAACCUGCUCGUGAUACCCUCGCAGCUUCUCCAUGUCAUGAACAUGCUUAUAAUCACCUAUCUGGGCGAGAUAACGGGCCAACUAGCAUUUAUAGCCUCGAUACCCCAGAUCUGGAGCAUUCCGUUUCUCGCGUGGCUCCGGACUGUUGAUACAACGGCCGUGUCAAAAUGGACUGUCUGGGGCGUGAUGACCAUCUUCUUGGGCAAUCCGUAUGCACACCCGAUUCAGGUGGGAUGGGCAUCCCGCAACUCCAACACGGUUCGGAGCCGAACAGUCGGUGCCGCCAUGUAUAACAUGUGUGUUCAAGCAGGGACUAUCAUUGCGUCGAAUAUCUAUAGGGCCGACGACGCACCGCGAUAUCAGCGUGGAAACACGGUGUUGCUGUGGGUGGUAGCGCUCAACAUCGCCUUGUAUGCCCUCACCAAGGUAUACUAUACCAUGCGAAACAGGAGCCGGGAGACACGGUGGAAUAGCAUGUCCGACGACGAGCGGCUGGGCUACCUUAGAACGACCCGCGAUGCUGGGAAUAAGCGGCUCGAUUUUAGAUUUGCAUCUUGAUAGGCAAGCGGUGGGAGAGAGGUGCCGCAGAUCCAGCCAAUGUGCGUGCGGGCGGGUUGAUCUGGUUGGUUGGCAUUGAAUAGGUAGCAUAAUGUUCGACGGGGAUGGAUUGGGAAAGACGGGAAAACGGACAGGAGUGCCGUUUCCGUGGGAUCCCAAGGAAAUGCUUGGCAGGCGCAUGUUAGAGCGUGGGAUUUUCAGGCAGGCUAAUGGUGCAUACUGUGGUACAAGACAGGCAGGGGUAGCAUGGCGUGGAGAUGUUACUACGUAGUACUGUGGUAAAUUCCC